UCAAACGUAUGCGACGAGCCAAAUCGCUACCACAUUUGUAAAACAUUUUCCACCGGCAAUUUAAACCAAAGUAACGAAGGAGAUCGGUUAAGAAUGCAUUAAAAAUGUAGACAUACCUUAUUAGAUAUCAGAAUGUCGCCAGAGAUGGAGAAGUGUUCGAGAAGUUUGCUGGUGUGCGAGAAAUCAAACUUCUUAAAUGAAAAAUCUCGGCAUGAUAGCCACGUGUCGAAGCACAGCUUCAACUGCAAGAUCUCUUUACUGAUACCCGAAUGUGCAAUCCUGCCUGCUGAUAUAUCCAGAGUGAUCAACAAUUUCAGCCCUUAUUAUUUAGUGCGCGAUCUACCGGUUCAUGAACUACUGCAAGAAACAUUUCUUGAAACAGUUAUAAAGAAAGGAAACUUCUAUGCUCUCUCUUACAACACCAAAAUUGAUGAAGACAAUACCAUUGCACUAAUGUCCAGUGGUCAGUUAAUUUUGUCCCUAGAUAAAGACACAUAUGAACAACUUGGUUUGGAGGGGCGACCAUCACUGUACAAUCACAGAAAGGCUAUGAGAUAUGUUGUUACUCUGGACCUCACAGACAAAACCUUGGUCCCAGGCACCAAAAGAUACCAACGGGUUCUGUCAAGUUUAAAGGACAGACUGCCACUCAAAUAUGACUUUCUUUUAACUAAACACAACACAGGUGCCCAUGAUGAUACGACAAUUUACCAGCUGUUGUCCCAGUACACACAUGUGGAACACAAGCCUGCUUUUAGCAGUCAAACCCUGAAAAAUCUACCGUGCCCCACGCUUUACCCAUCAGAUUUACAAGGAACUACACUGUCAUGUAAUCCACAUCACUUUUUGGAGUGGCUUGGUGCAGUCAACCUGGACAUAAAUUGUGAAAAUGCGGCAGAUAGUUUCCUGUCUUCAUAUGUUUGUCCAGAGCCCCAGAGCUCUGUCAGUCAAGCCCUGUUGUGCACAAUUACUGGCUUUAUAUCUCCUGAGGAUGUGUAUGUACUGCUGCAAGAACUCAGGAAAUAUUUCGAUGAACCGAAGUUAACACCAUGGCUUUCACUCACUGUGCAUGGAUUUAUGGACAGUCCAGUGUCAUGGGGAACCACAGAACACGGAUUUCUGAAAGGUGGUGAAAACUUCUACAAUUUUGUUUGCUUCAAGAAUCAGGACUAUUGGUUACACAUGGCUACUGGUGCCCAAGAUGGCUGCCCACCCUAACAUACCUGAUAUUUCAAAUAGCGGACCUCUUUUUUUUUAUUAUUCAUUACCAGUUUUAGUUGCAAGCAAUUUCUUACAUGUAAAAUAUACAGUUUUUCCUUUCUAAGUUUGUGGUGUAAAUUCAAUUCAGGACAGACAUGGGUGAAAGAAUGUAUAGUAUAAUUUAUUUUGACCAGUUUUUCACAGCUGUUACAUGUUCAGAAAUCUAAAAAAUAUCUUUACAGAUUGUACAAUUUAUAGCAUUUAGUAUAAGAUCAACUACAAGAAAUAAGCCUUGCCUAUAUAUAUAUAUAUAUAUAUAUAUAUAUAUAUAUAUAUA